GAGCAGGCCGGCAGUGCCGGUGCCUGGAGGGGCGUCCUUCGGCGGCCACUCUUCUCCUCCUCCUUCCUUGUCCAUCUUCGGGUCUGCUGCGACGUCCUUCUCUCGAGGUUCAUAUCUGAUAACACAAAGCAUAUCGGCCUGAGGUAGCAGUCCAUCCAAUGGGGUAUCAAGAUCAAGGGUAGUGAGGAGUGAGUUCACCUUAUCAUGUAGCGCUUUGACUCGGGCUCGCGUCAUCGGUCCACUUGGGGGACUUGUUGGUCUUGGUGUGGAGGUGUCCGAAGGCCACCCCACAUCAAAACACGAACGUUCAUGCUAGGUAUUGUGCUAAAGCAAAUGGUGUGAGAUAAAGGUGCGAGAUCAACUUUAUGAUAAUGUCACCAUACAAGAUACUAGAAUGUAUAGUUAAACCCUUAUUAAGCAUGGAUUCAGAGCUGGGAUUCACUCUUAGUGGCUGCUUUGAGCAUGGAGCAAUCCUAAUUAAAUACGACUCAGCAAGUCAUGCACAUGCACCAGCUCACAUGUUACACUUCUCAUGCUAAUUCAGACAAUCGAUUUGUGAAUGAAAUGCCUAUCUUGAAAACAAAUCAGAGGCCCAAUAGCACAGCACAAGUUCCUAGUUCAACUAUAUAGGUAGCGCUUAUACGAGUAUCCAUCAUUCAUGUAUUAGCAAUACGAAAUCAUAAAUGGAAACAAACAAUAAUUCGUUUAAUAGCAGUAAAUCAUAGGCAAUUUUUUUUCCCAUUUUUGUUAUCAUCUAAUUCUUGCAGGAGCUAAACGAACAUCAGCUUCUUAACAAGCAAUAGAGCAAGUUGCAGAAGAAUUCUUGCUAGGCAUGCAUAGUUAUUUAUAGCCUAACAUAGAUCACCAUAAGUAUAAGGUCCCAUUAAAAAUUGUGCCAGCAAAGGUACAAGAAACCAAGGACUAAAUGUCAUCCAGUUGAGUGUAAAGGUAACACCCAGAUUGUCAGGCCGAUCACGAGAUCUGAGUGACAACCUAUGUUAGAUGCAGCGAUUAACGUGGUCCCAGCUUGGCUUAGGUGCAUGACUGUCAGAGCAGGGAAAUUAACAUUGAUUAAAUCCGUGCUGAUGGCGAGGCCGGUACAUCAACUGCUUUUCGCUGAUGCUCCAAUUUGCCGUUUUGAGGAGAUAGGUAAAAGUCUGAGAGCUUUUUUUUGGCCCGGAAAGAAGGUGCAAGGUGGACAAUGCCUGCUAUCUUGGAACAAUAUAAGCAAAACUCAUUGUUUUGGUUGUCUGGGAGUAAAAAACUUGAGACUACAAGGCCUGGCAUUGAGAGUGAGGUGGGAGUGGCCCAGAAGGAGAAAAGGCUUGGCAGGGCCUCCCGAUGCUUAAGGACACUGGAGCACGAAGUUUAAACGGCCCGAACAAAGGUGUUUUGUUCUUCCGCCACACUGACUUCACAUGAGAGAUACUAGACUAGAAAGAAAGAUGCAUGUAUAUGACCAUCAAAAUAGGCUGGCAGGUGAUUAGAAAAGCAAAGGUUGCAAGCUCUGCUGUCCGCUCGUUGGGUCUCUUGUCUUUUUAGCCAAGGUUGCAAGCUAUGAUGCUGAGUUGUUGCUUUGCUUCAGACAAAUCCAAUAAUGGUCUUCUGUCUUUGCAGAACUGGACAAGAAUAUUAACUAGGUACAGGCCUAUGUUUGCCAAGCUCCAAAUACUCAUCGAAUACUUCUGUCAUCUUUUUUGUCUCUGGUAAUAAAGCAGUAGUAGAAUUUGCAGUCACAAACACACAUGUAUUUGUGCACUUCAAAGGAAAUUCAAAAAAUUCUUACGUCAUUCAUGACAUUUGAUAAGUAUUAUGUACUCAAGUUAAUUGGGAACAUACGUUAGUAUAUAUGUGCAUGUAAUACCCUUCGUCCAUUAAUGACAGUAGACAUGUAUUUCGUACUCACCUCAUUUAACACCCUGCGUCCAUUAAUGACAGUAUGUGUCAUCAACCGGCCACACUACUGACUACACUUGUCCGUAAUAGUUUUUGCUGCCUAAAUAGGCACAUGUCGAGGUUUGACGAGUGUCUUAAGGCCAAUUAGUGAUGUGGGCUCAGUGGCAUACUAUUCUAUACUAGUACAAGCAUCGCUGGAUCACGGAGACCAUAGCUGAAGAGCACAUAUAAGAGCCAUCAUGGUCAUGAGGAAAAGCCCCAAUGGUCGGAACUCCCCAAUGACACCCUUUCCCAUUAUGUGAGACAACAACAUCAACAUUAAUCUUGGUCACCCCCGGAGGGGAUGUAAUCUAUUUUGCCGCACCAUCCAUCUUGCCAGGGUAGCCGCCACGACAGGUCAUGGCGAUGGCUUCUUGGGUGAACUUAGGUCCGCCAUAUAAACUGUGACUAAAUUUGUUCCACCACUUGCCACACCCAGGUGGACCAUUGGGACUUUAUCCAGAAAUUAUUGAUGGGCCUAGCCCACAAUAGUUCUUACACCCUGGGAGGUCAAUUUAUCGGACGUCUAGCCAAAUAUAUAUUUAGUCUCUAUAAGCUUAAACGGACUGAACAACCGUGUUUUUUUUCUUCCGCCGCACUGACUUCACAUGAGAGAUACUAGACUAGAAAGAAAGAAAGGAGUGGUUGUCAUUGUAUGAACAGUAAUGAGCACAUGUGGAAACAAAAGCUGUAUAUAUGACCAUCCAAAUAGGUUGGCAGAUGGUUAAAAAGCAAAGGUUGCAAGCUCUCCUGUCCGCUCGUUGGUUCUCUAGUCUUUUUAGCCAAGGUUGCAAGCUAUGAUGCCAGCUCUUUGCUUUUCUUUGCUUUGCUUCAGACAAAUCCAACAAUCGUCUCCGGAACUGAAUUAGUUGGGUGCCACAAAAUUCCCGUUGGAUGCACACGUUUUCUCUAGCUGCCUCAUUCUUUGAUACUCGUCGUGUCGUAACAAGACAUGGUAAUCACUUCAUCUAUAAUAUUUCAUAUUUUUUUUUAUCUCUCAACAUUUUUAUCACAUUAUACUAAUCGAUGACUCUUAAUUAGUUUGAAAUGUUAUAGCACAGCCAUAAAUAUAUAGUAAUAGCUAACCAUUCACAAUAUUAAGCACGUACAUAGGUUUCAUUUGUAUGCUACUAUUGUUUUGUUGACAUGCCUUGGGAGGUGGAACAUGUGUUCUUCAGAUUUAAAUGCAUAAUAAAACUACCUCUUAGUUGUAAACAAAUCAAUAAAGCUACUACACAAGGUAUCCAAUGAAAGUAUAACUUGGCCUAGACAGUAAAAUUAAGUACUCCAAAUGAAAAUAAACGGUAUCUGAUAAAACUUCCCCUACACCGUUUAAGCAUUAAUCAUAUUAAGUAGGAACAUUUAAUACGGUUAAUGGGUUUAAGGCUUAAAAGUUCCUACGCCCUGUCAAUCAUAUAACUUAAGACUUAAUCAUCUCACAAAAAAUAGAACAAUUAAAACUUAACAUCCUAAAUUGAGAACUGUUUUUUCCCAUUGUUAUUGCGCAAUUUUUUUUCUAAUAUUUGAUUUGUAAAUAAAAGGUAUCCAAUGAAACUAUGCUUACAUUUGACCAGUCAAAUAGACUAAGGGCCAAAAUGAUCUAAUAAUGAUUUAGAAUUAAUUCUAAACUUGGCAUUUCUCAUUGAGAAAGGGGUGUGUUAUGACAAAAAUAAUAAAUGGGAGCAAUAAAUAGCAGGAAGAGGAUAGCUGUCCACUUCCAACCUGCGGUGUGUGUGUGUGUAAGUUAGGUGGCUUGGGAGUCCAAUUCCCCUAUAUAUACCACACCCGCUCGAGUCGACGCUUCAGGUAGCCAUGGCAGCCACGAUGAAGCUCAGCACCCUUGGUUAUGCAGCCAGCAUGUUAAGCACGGGUUUGUUCGACGAGCAGUUCCAGAAGUUGCUUCUGCUCCAGAACAAGAGCGACCCGAACUUCGUUACCGAGACCAUCACCAUGUUCUGCGAGGACGGCGAGCAGACCAUUGGUGAGCUCACCAAGCAGCUGGGCAAGCAAUGCGUUAACUUCGACGAGGUAGCUGCUUUUGUGCAUAAGCUUGAGGGCUGCAGUGCAAGUGUUGGUGCUAAGAGAGUGAAGAAUACCUGCAUUCAAUUCCUUGAGUUUUGUAAGGAGAAGAGCAUAGAUGGGUGCCUGAAGACACUGGAUACUCUGAGGGUUGUUUUCGAUGAAGUGAGCGGCAAGUUUAAGGAUAUGCUUGAGCUGGAGCAGCAGCAAGCCGGAGCAACAAAGUGAGAGCCACAUGUUGGGUCGGCACUACUGCCUUUGAAGUUGUAGAACAAUAUUUGCUUCUGUGAGGUCGCCUGUAGCUUCUUAUCGGCAAACUGGUCAUUUAGCGUCGCCGAUAUCUGUGUUACUCUCGGCAGUGUCAUUUUUAAUUCUCAGUGGUUAAAUAACAAUCAUCCGCCGUCAUUUUGCGGAUCGUCAGUGGUUAAUCUGGCUGCUCAGUUCUGGCAAGCCAGUUUCGGUCGUAGGAGUGCAGAAGCAGUGUAAUGUCGACAGAGUCAUGCGUCGGCCAGUGUAUCGGCUGUGGUUGUUUGUUGUGGAGAACAUUGUGUGUUAUUCUAAUUUCAAGUUAUGUUGUGUUGGGGAAA